CCUUAGAUUAAUUAUUAACCUUUGCCCUCAGUGCACCAGGACUACUCUUCCUUCUCGGAAGCGGAGGGACAAGGGCUGGGUAGGAGCACGUGAUGGGGUGGUGGUCCCAGGCAGCUAUGGGGGUCGCGCUGCCUCCACAGGUCUCCCGGCGCUGGUUCCGCCAUACAAUUCCUCUUGCCAUCUUCGCGCUCCUACUUUUUUAUCUCUGUGCUUGGAGCCUACGUGCCUUCUCAGGCUGCCGAUUCGGGACACUGUCCUGCAUUGCCGAGGGACCGCCGCCUUUACAGGUGCGGCAAGAGUCGGGAUCCCUGGAGGCCCCGGAGCGAGAAGAGCCUCCGUGUCUGGGCCCCCAGGGGCCGCUGGGCCGCAUGGUGAGGCCGUUCCGCGCUAGUCUGAACCCCGAAGGGGAUGUGGAGUUGUCGCAGUACCUGGCGGGAUGGAGGGAGUUAAUCAAGUUCCUAACUCCCUUCGGCUCCAUCUUCGCCUUCGCCACAAGCGAGGCCUUCACGAAAGUAACAGCCCUCGAGGCUCGGGUGCACGGCCCAGAAGCCGCGCACUAUACGUCGCUGGCGGUCAUGGUGGCCUGGGAGCGGCGGGCGGGACUGCUGGAGCGGCCUGGGGUCGGCCCUGGAGACUCGGCCCGCUCCUCCGGUUCACGAACGACGCUCUUGCUGCACCGUGCGCUACGCUGGUCCCAGCUCUGCCUCCACCGGGUGGCGACCGGCACGCUCGGAGGCCCGGGUGCCGGAGAGCAGUGCAGCGACGCCUACAACACAGUCCUGGCCCCGCACCACCCCUGGCUGGUCCGUCAGGCUGUCCGCCUCGCAUUCCUCUCCUUCCCAGAUCGCAGCCACCUGCUGGAGCUGGCCUGUCCCGGAACCAGAGAGGCGGCAGCGCGGGCUGCCGUGGUCCGCGCCGCCAGCGCCCUGGAGGACGUCUACAACCGGACCCAGUGCUUGCUGGCCGAGGCCGGCCUGCUCCAGCUUGCGUAAGGCCAGCAGCUGCCGUGACCCGCUAGGAAGGGAGUCCCCGGGGGCCGGGUCAGCGCCGAACAGCCUCCCGGUCUACCCUUUGCCGCCGGGCUUCCAGGGCCAGGGGGGCGGGCAUCUGACAGCCCGCCUCUUUGGUGACGUCACUUGCUUAAAAGCGCUCCGCUCCCCCGGGCGGGGGGGAUUAGCUCCUCCCUCUAUCCGAGGUCCUCAGAAGAACGGAGGAGCUGUGGGGAAUGAAAAGAAUACUUUGGUGUCCGUGGAUUAAGGGCGUUUUCUGUGAUGCCAGCAGGCGCUUAAGGACAUA